CCCCUCACAACUUUCGUCGCCCCCUUGUGCUGUGAGUGGCGAAGAGACACGUCACUCAAGAGAUAGGGGCGUGUCUCACAGUUGACGUUUGUGUGGCGGCGGAGGAGAGAAGCGGCUUGCGGACCUUUCGCUAUCAGUUUUGAACGUGCCCAGAGUGGAGUUCGAAAAUGGCAGAGGACGUGAUCGAGCAGAUGAGGCCUUUGCUGACAUCAUUCCUUGGCACCAAGACAGGGCAUUUGGCAUUGUCUUGUGGCAUCACUUUGUUGUGGAAGGAGGAGGAAGCACUGCUGGACCGAGGGAACACGAGCUCCACCCUGUACACCAACUUUGAAGAAGAGGAGCUAGAAAGUCACAGGGCGCUGUACGUCAGCAUCCAUGUGCCAUUGGGCCGACACAGCCGACGGCGUCACCGCCACCGGGGACACAGACAUGAGCAGCGGAAGCAGGAUUGCCCGGAGCAAGAGGAUGCCUGCGAGCCGCCUUCUUACGACACGCCCUCACAGAGGGUGCAGUUCAUCUUGGGCAUGGAGGACAACAACGAGGAGCACGUCCCUCACCAACUCUUCAGCGAGCUGGACGAGCUGGCCUUCAGGGACGGAGAAGUCCUGGAGUGGAAGGAGACAGCCAGGUGGUUGAAGUUCGAAGAAGACGUGGAGGACGGCGGUGAGCGUUGGAGUAAACCUUACGUGGGCUCACUGUCGCUGCACAGCCUGUUUGAGCUGCGCGCGUGCAUCAUGAAUGGCACCAUCAUACUCGACAUGCGUGCCAACGCCAUCGAACAGAUCGCAGACAUGGUGAUUGACAACAUGCUGGCAUCCGGUCAGAUGGACGAGCAUGUCCAGGACAAGGUGAGGGAAGCCAUCCUGAAGCGCCACCGCCACCAGAUCAAGAAAAGGCUGAGCAAGCGCAUCCCACUGGUACGAUCCUUCACAGAGACAGGAAAGAAGCAUUCCGAUCCUCAUCUACUGGAACACAAUGUAGGCCUUCUGACGUCCCCUCAGUCGGCUCCUGGGAACCUGGACGCCAGCAAAGGGGCAGGAGGUGGCAUCAACCCAGGCAGUUGUGAAAAGAGUGUAGUUGACUUCAGCAAGGUGGACAUGGACUUCAUGAAGAAGAUUCCUCCUGGCGCCGAAGCCUCCAACGUGCUGGUGGGGGAAGUGGACUUCUUGGAGAAGCCCAUCGUUGCCUUUGUUCGCCUGGCGCCCGCUGUGCUCAUCUCCGGACUCACCCAGGUGCCCGUGCCCACCAGGUUCCUCUUCCUUCUGCUGGGUCCAUUCGGAAAAGGUCCGCAGUACCACGAGAUUGGACGCUCUAUGGCAACGCUGAUGACAGACGAGGUCUUCCAUGAUGUGGCCUACAAGGCUAAGGACCGCAAAGACCUGCUGUCAGGACUGGAUGAGUUCCUGGAUCAAGUGACCGUGCUCCCACCUGGCGAGUGGGAUCCCAGUAUCCGGAUCGAACCGCCCAAGAACGUCCCCUCUCAGGAAAAGAGGAAGACUCCUUCUGCCCCGAAUAGCUCCAUCCACAGCUGUGACAUCAAUGUAGUGGAGCAUGACAUUGGACCAGAGCUGCAGAGGACGGGAAGGCUAUUUGGCGGUCUGGUCAAGGACAUACAGAGGAAGGCACCCUUCCUGCUCAGUGAUGUGACAGAUGCCCUCAGCCUACAGUGUUUGGCCUCCAUCCUUUUCCUUUACUGUGCCUGCAUGUCGCCCGUCAUCACCUUCGGAGGCCUGCUGGGAGAAGCCACCCACGGAAACAUCAGCGCCAUUGAAUCUCUGUUUGGGGCGUCAAUGACGGGCAUGGCUUACUCUGUAUUUGCGGGUCAACCGCUCACCAUCCUGGGCAGCACCGGGCCCAUCCUGGUCUUUGAGAAGAUCCUCUUCAAGUUCUGCUGUGACUACAGCCUUUGUUACCUGUCCCUGCGGACCAGCAUCGGCCUGUGGACCGCCUUCUUUUGCCUGCUGCUGGUGGCCACCGACGCCAGCUCCCUGGUCUGCUACAUCACGCGCUUCACGGAGGAGGCAUUUGCUGCCCUCAUCUGCUUCAUCUUCAUCUACGAGGCGCUGGAGAAGCUGCUGCACCUAGGGCACAUCUACCCGGUCAACAAGGCCAACCACCUGGACAACCUGACCCUCUACACGUGUGAAUGUUCUCAACCCGCCAAAACCUCCGAUGAGAUACGUGAGAUUUGGAGGAUGUGGAACUACAACUCAUCGGCGAGCAUCCCGUGGAAGCAGCUGAGUGUGAAGCUCUGUCACACUUUGCGCGGUGAGUUUGUGGGCGCGGCUUGCGGUCACGACGGUCCCUUCGUACCCGAUGUGCUUUUCUGGUCAAUCAUUGUCUUCUUCACCACCUUCUACUUGUCGACCUUCUUCAAAGACUUCAAGAAUAAGAAAUUCUUUCCCACCAAGGUGCGAUCGAUCAUCAGUGACUUUGCAGUCUUCCUGACCAUCUUGUUGAUGGUGCUGCUGGAUUAUUUGGUGGGAAUUCCGUCUCCCAAGCUCAGUGUCCCGGACCGCUUCCAGCCCACCUCCAACCAUCGCGGUUGGCUCAUCUCACCACUGGGCCCCAACCCCUGGUGGUCGCUGCUGGCCGCCGGCAUUCCCGCUCUGCUGUGCACCAUCCUCAUCUUCAUGGACCAGCAGAUUACUGCAGUCAUCAUCAACAGGAAGGAAAACAAGCUGAAGAAAGGCUGCGGCUACCAUCUUGACCUGCUGGUAGUGGGGGUGAUGAUGGCAGUGUGCUCCAUCAUGGGCCUGCCCUGGUUCGUGGCCGCGACUGUUCUCUCCAUCACACACAUCAACAGCCUGAGGCUGGAGUCGGCGUGCGCGGCUCCAGGCGAGCAGCCCAAGUUCCUGGGCAUCCGGGAGCAGCGAAUCACCGGUUUCAUGAUUUUCCUCCUCAUGGGUUGCUCCGUCUUCAUGACUUCCAUCCUCAAGUUCAUCCCGAUGCCUGUCCUGUAUGGAGUUUUCCUCUACAUGGGUGUGUCCUCGCUCAAAGGCAUUCAGCUCUUCGACCGCAUCCAACUGUUCGCCAUGGCGGCUAAGCACCAGCCAGACCUUAUCUACCUUCGCUAUGUGCCGCUGAGGAAGGUCCACGCCUUCACUGCCGUGCAGCUGAGCUGCCUGAUCAUCUUGUGGAUCAUCAAAGUCUCCGCCAUCGCCGUCGUCUUCCCCAUGAUGGUUCUAGCACUGGUGUUCAUCCGCAAGCUUAUGGACUUCGGCUUCAGCAAACGAGAGCUGAGCUGGCUGGACGACCUCAUACCGGAGAGCAAAAAGAAGAAGGAUGAUGACAAGAAAAAGAAGAGGGAGACUGAAGAUGCUGAUUGGAAUUUGGAAGGGGCGGUUGACAACUCUGCAUACAACGACGACGACGCAAACGUCAUCGAGAGUCCCGUGAAAAGUGUGAAACGACGGAUGAACCUGUCCGAGGUGAACAUCUCAAGUGAGAUGGGUAAAAAAGGCCUGUGGAAGUCUCGCUCCAUGACGAGGGAUACCAACAAAGCUCUAAAGCCAGGCAGUCAGGAGCCUGACCCCAGUGUGAGCGUGGCUUUUGAAGAGGGUUUGAGAGUUGAGGACGUCGAGACGGUGCUAUGAUCUGUGCAUGUCGUCACCACUAUAGAGGCUGAUUUGCCUCCUGAGUCAAAGUCAAAGAGGACCAAUUAGGCUCCUCCUCUCCUUGACAACCAGGUUUUUUUGUUUUUUUAAAUCCUUGUUUUAUGGUGAAAUCUCUAUUACUUGACAAAAAACAAACAUAUCUCCUUUAACUUUUAUAGAUACACAGUUUUAUUUGGAUUUAGUUUUAUUUUGAUAGACACUGUAUCGAUAAAUUCUGUAUAGAUUAUAUACUGUGUAGUGAAACCACAUUUAUUGUAUCUUUUCAUGGGACAACACCAAAGAAAUGACACUUUGCUACAAUGUAAAGAGGUCAAUGUACAGCUUGUAAAACAUUGUAAAUUUACUCUCCCCUCAAAAUAACGACAUUAUUUUCUAGCACUGCUUUAAUCCUCUUGGGCAUGGAGUUCCUGAGAGCUUCACAGUUUUCCACUGAAAUCUUCUUCCACUUGUACGUGACAUUUUUUAAGACCUGGUGAAUGUUAGAGACCUUGUGUUUUUGCCCCUUUAGUUUCAGGAUUCCCUAUAGAUCCUCAAUAAGGUUUAGGUCUGGAGACAUGCUUGGGCAGUCAAGGAGGUCUUCCUCUUCCCAUGUCAUCAACACCCUUGCACACCUUCCUGCGUAUAUGUUAAUAUACAUAAUAUUGAUUGCACAUAAUUAUGUAAUAUGUACUGUAUACAAUUGUCAUUGUUGCACAGUGUCCACUACUGUAUAUCAUGUGACAUACUUUCUCUCAGUGGCUCAAGCUACGCGUCAUGGUUAAUUAUGAAUACAUCACUUGUUAGGUUUUUGUGCUUUUUGGUUCUGUCGACUGAAUUUGUGUGUACUAUAAUUUAUUACAAACCAUAUCUUAUAAUAAAAUAAA